AUGAAAACGCCAUGUUAUGUAUUUCUGGUUAUUUGUCAUGUUCUGUUGAUGUAGAAUAACGGCAUUGAUGAGACAGAAGAGGAGAAUUUGAUUCACGUGACAAUUUCAUUUUAUCUAGCACUUUAUGUUUCGACAUGGCGGGCGCCAGUUCCGGUGGAGGGCGUAACUAUUCGUUCAAAGUUGUAUUACUUGGAGAGGGAUGUGUUGGAAAAACGUCACUUGUCUUACGAUAUAUUGAAAACAAAUUUAACGACAAACAUUUAACUACAUUACAGGCUUCCUUCCUGAAUAAAAGAUUGAAUAUUGGAGGGAAAAGAGUGAAUCUAUCAAUAUGGGAUACUGCUGGACAAGAGAGAUUUCAUGCCCUGGGGCCUAUAUAUUAUAGAGAUAGUAAUGGAGCCAUUCUGGUCUACGAUAUUACGGACGAAGAUUCUUUUCAGAAGGUGAAGAAUUGGGUAAAAGAACUAAGACGAAUGCUUGGAAAUGAUAUCAAUUUAUGUAUUGCUGGUAACAAAAUUGACUUAGAAAAGGAACGACAUGUUUCAGUAGCAGAGGCAGAGGCGUAUGCUGCCUCAGUUGGAGCACAACAUUUCCACACGUCAGCUAAGCUGAACAAAGGUAUCGAGGAGCUCUUCCUAGACUUAAGUAAAGCUAUGAUACAGAGAGCUGGAGAAGAUAAUCAGAAGAAUUCCAAAGGCAACAGAAAGAGUGUGUUGGUUGUUGAUGAUGACGAGCCUCAGCAGCAGUCUAGUGGAGGAUGUUGUGGGUAGUUGUUACCAUAAAUCAUUACUUGUGGUCAUCGCACAGUACAUGUUGUCUUUCAGAACUUCAAGUGCAUCUCCAUUCCAACACAGAAUGACAUGGCCUAAAGGAAUAUUAAUGUCGGAGAUUUUCAUGACCUUUCCUUCAGUACACAGAAAUUGCCGGUACUUGAUAGAGAUUACAUAUCAAAUUAAGAAGGAAGGUAACUUAAAGUAUUGCAGACAAAUUCUUAUAAGUGUUAUUCUCAUAAUUUUUGUGAAAAAGUUUUAGUUUGUGUAGUGUUAAAUUUGUAGUUGCAGCCAUUGUAAGAUUGACAGAAUGUCUCACAUGCAGUGAAAAGAAGACUAAUGAAAGCAUUAGUCAGAUUCAAAAAUGCUAUGUAAGUUAAAAUUAACAACAGUCAAAUUGCUUGAUUGCUUUAUGAUACGGGAUAACUACAGCAAAUUAAAGGGAGAUAAUUUUCCCUGCAUUUGUAAAAUGUGAAUUCGGAUUCUCCCGUAAUGAGAACAGGUUUUGGAGAAAUGAAUUUUUUUUCUUUCUUUUGCUAUGUAGAAUGUAACCAUUGACCUUUAUGAUAAAAAAUAAUUUUGUCCCAAGCACAAUUUUUCUGAUAGAACGUUUUCUCUCCAAACAAAGAUUUUCUGAGAAUCUAUUUUUAACUUAAGUAUGCAGUAUUUACAAUAUAUGUAAAGCAAAGACAAUCUCAUGUGAUUAUGAUAUAUAAUUUGGAUGAUUAUUAAAGAUGCUAAAGCUAUCGCAAAACUUUUUUUUCAUGUGUUGGAGACAACUUCACAAUUAAAAGAUAUGAUUCGAACAUUAUCAUUGGCCAUGUCAGAAAAUGUGGAGUGGUCCAGAUCAAUUUAUCUUAAAAGAGAUAUUUUAAGCUUUAUUGUGAAGCUGUCCAAGUUAAUUACUUGCAUGAGGUGUACUGAUAUGAAUUUAUCAUAUGUAAUUUGCGGAUGUUAAGUUUUGAUGAAGAAGUUGUUUUCCCUUUUUGUUUUUAUAAGGAAGGGAAUCGAGAUGUUCAUGGUUCUGACUGCCAUUAGGUUGAUCAGUUCUUUCAUGAUGGUGAUCAGAUCAUUUUGUUAUCAUGUUAAGUAUUUAAGGUAUAAGCUUCAUUUUACUUAAACUUGAUGUUUAUGUUUUGGUGCCCGAAGUUUAUAUUUACUACAUGCUAGAUUUAAAUUGAGAUCUGGGCUGUAAUUUCUUUAUUUCUGAAAAUGGUCUAAAAGCAGUUUGUAAUACAUUUUUAUAAAUCUGAACAAAAAUAAUUUUAAAAAUACUACAAUUAUUUAAUCAUUCUUGUGCACUUAUGAGAGAUAAAUUCAUUAAUAAACAAUGGAAAUCACAUGAUUUUUAUUUUUAUUUAAUUAUGUUUUUCUCAAUUGAGUGAAUACUUCUUCAACAUCAAAAUAAUUAUCCAUGUAAUAGAUUCUAUGAAAUUUCAGAGUAAAGAUGUAAAUGAAUAAUGAAGUAAUUAAGUGUAUGUCAUUUUAUUUUCCUGAAAAAGUUGGGCUUUGUUUUAAACUAUCGCUCCAUAUUAUAAGUAUUUGCAAAGAGAACCAAUUAUGGAAACAUUGCCUGGAAGUUGUUUCUUCAUGAUCUUUACUAGGACAGAUCUCCUGUGUAGAACUUUGUUGAUGAUUGUGUUAUACACAAGGAAAUUAAAACAAUAUCAUAGAACUUAAACCUCACUGUGUAUUUAUUUUCAUAUUUAAUGAAACUAUAAUAAUUCAUUGUGGAAUCACAAAUACAGUUUUGGUGACAUUUUGUAGAUUACUGUAAAUCUGGAAAAGCGCCUAUAUCUGAUAUUAAAUACGCCCAGCCAUGUCUAGUGUUGUUUUGUAGAAUUGCCAACAAAUACUAUUUCAUAGUCCUGUAAUAAGCCCACCCCCUGACAUUGAGUCGGGGAUUAUUUUUGGCAUCCCUGGGCUUAUUGCAGGAUAGCAGUAAAGUGCUGCUGCAAGACAAUGCGAUAUGCAGGGAUCAACUGUACAACCAAAAUCAAAAAGAAUUGUUGUAGUUAACAUAUUUGUAAGUGAAAACAUACCGUUAGAUAAAAAAUCUUGUGUCUAUAAACAACAAUUGCAAAAAUGAUUUAUCUUAACUUAUACUAAUCACUCUUGUUGCCCUGGAUGUUUGUGUAGGAGGUCUUACUGUUGAAGGUAACCUGAGUACCCAGUGAAAACUUGUGUGGCUUAGAAGAUGACCCCUUACAUAAUUUAUUUUGAAACAAUUGCAAAACAAGUUGGUCAAGCAAGUGACCCCUUACUUUUUUACGUUCAUUCAGUGAUUUGAACCCCAGAUGGCUAGGUGAAAGGUGAUCAUGUUACCACUGUGCCAUCCAACAACACAAACUUGCGUCUGCAACAUAUUGUUGGAAUAUAAAUCAAACUGGUAUGAUUCUAGGAUGUGGUUAAGGAUGUUAUGUUGACAUUCUGUGAGCUGUAUCUAAUACACAUGAUGUACUGGCACACUUGAAAGCUGGCCAGAUUUAUCUUACCUGGUUUGACAGAUUUUUUGACAAACGUUAAAGAUCUAUGCUACCUUACACAAUUUAUCUGAUUUUUAUACUUUACCUAUGAGUUGUAUCCAAGCUAUCUCCCAUAAGAUAUUUUUCUUACUGACAUGUCGUGUGAAUUUGAAGUGUGUCAUCAACUCUUUGUGUGCCAGAAGUUCUGUUGUACCUUUUAAAUGUGUCAUAGCAUAUGACACACCAUUCAAUUGGAAUUCUUUUGUAAGGAAGAACUGUUGUAAGUAAGGAGGCUUAUAUCCUUAAAUAUCAGUUUCUGAUAAACUAUGAAAAGAAAGUCUGUUUUCAAGUCAUUUUCAUUUCUCAUCGCUUGAAUACCUGCAUCUAUAAAAUUAAUAGUUUAAGGUAAGUGCUGAAAAAUUUUCAUUAUUCCACACCAACAUAAAGUGUUUGUGAGUUUAUACAAUGUGUCUGUUGUCAGCUUUUUUGUUUACACAAUGUUUUCUAUAAUUGGUAAGACAAAGUGUUGAUACUUGGCCCAUUGUGUGCUAGAUUGGCAUGAUCACCUUCAAAGUUCUAGGUCAACUGUAGGAAAAACUUUUAAAACAACUUCAUCUUAAGACCAAUAAGGCCUAAGGUGUUAGUGCUUAGCCUAUCACCUCCAGAUGUGAAGAGCUCUCAUGUUUGUCCAAAUAAAUAAACAUGUAUAAUGAUGAUUAAAUUUACACAUCACUAUGGCAAAUGUUUUCAGAUAUCCCAGACAUGUUUUAACUAUUGGUACACACAUCUUCAGUAAUUCAGUAACAGACUACCAGGUGUUAAAGUAUUUGGGUUUGAAGUGCUAUAUUGCUUGAUAUUAUAUUUGUUUGAUUUUAAUCUUGAACUUGAUUUUUUCAAACGUUGCUUGACUUAAAGUUAACAAAUACUUGGUCAAUUAUUUUUUGUUCAAUUAAUUACUCACGUUUGAACUAGAAAUAAAUCUGAACAAGUAAGCCAUGAACAGAUAUUGGUGGUUGGCCCUAUUUAUCUAGUCACCCACAAUUUACAGUGCCUGUAUUAUCAACAAUCAUCACAAACUUAUUUAUUUAUAUAGUCAUGCUUUAUCUGAAAUAUCUUAACUAUUACUAAAAUUAUCAUUCAUGAGUCGGGAGUUCUCUGAAAUGUUGAUGUCAAAAUGAAAUUACGGUUUGACAGAUGGUUGAGUUUCAAGUUUUAUCAGUUGAACAUAGUACUAAAAUAGUGCUUAUUUAUAGCAGAAAAUAUCUAACUACUCAGACAGAUGAAUUUCAUUAAAUUUCCUUAUUUCAUGAGAUAAUUUUCACCUUUGCAUUUGAAUUACAAUAUUCUCACAGCUGUGAAUAUAUAGUCAUAUGUAUGCCUUGUUUGUGUAGAGUGGAACAAUAACCCAAGCAGUCUGGAUGGUGUCAUCACAAUUUAUGGCCUGAUAAGUGCAGUGGUUAAAGCCAAUCUUUAUUUAUUUUAAAACAAGCUUGAAAAAUGUUGAAUUUUUUCAUACUUGUUGGUUGCUGGAAGCACACAGGUAGAGGUGAUUAAUUAUUCUCCCAACUUGGGCAGAGUAGGUUACAGAAUUGACAAAAAAUUAUAAAAUCAUUAUGUGUAAAACAAUGUUAAGAUUGUUUAUUGUUUUGCGUCACAUUCAAAUCACAAGUGUUUUGGUAGGUAAAUAUGGCUGGGAGGCCAUUUCUGGUUUGCAAAAAAAAAAGUAAAAAAAAAAUCUUAUGAUAAUGACAUUUUUUGCCAUUUUUCUUUAAUUAUAUGAGGAUAGCAUGAAGUUUUAUGAAAAAAAAAGAGAAAUACAGUUUAUCGUAAUGGUUAAGUCAAAAUUGCAAGUGUGAACAAAAAUAUAAUUUUUAUCCUUUUUGUGAAGAUUUGAAAGCAUUUCAACGGUAAUAUAUUGGUAUUUAUUCCUAUCUUUAGUCUGCUGUAUUCUUUGUAAAAAAAUUCUUGAGAAUGUACUAUCAAAAAGUUCUCAGUAUUGUACAUUUUUUAUGGCAGAUCUUUUCAUCAUAAACUUUCUGUUGACGAAAUUCUCAAAUCAGAAUAUUUUGCCCUAACACUGAGUGAACAGCACUACUGCAUUAUUGUUACAUCAACAUCAAUCCCAUUACCAGUGUGAAAAUUGUGUGCUUGCACUCACCAUACAGUUUACUGAAUCAAAACAGGUAUUGUUUGUGUAAUGUUUGUUGAAUCAGUGUAUAUGGUAUGAAUGUUAUAAGAUAUUUUUUGAUAUGGAGAAAAUUGUAUAUUCUAAAUAGAAAACAUUGGUAUUUAUGUAACGUGUACAUAGUUUGGGAAGAAUAUACUUUGGAAAGAACAAGCAAGGAUGAUCUUUGUAUGAAAGAAGAAUGUGUCUGAAGGAGAGAGUGAAAAAAGUGAACAGAGAGAGAGAGGAGGGGAGGGGUGGAGUAGUGAGGAGAAGUAGGGGUUUCUGCUCUGGAUUAAUGAUUUCAGAGAGAAAGGGUAGAGACGUAUUUUCUAUCAUUGAGAUGUAGGUUCUGGUGGAAAGGCAUAAGAAAGCAGGAGAUGAUAUUUCACGUGAGAGAGAUGUAUUUUUUUGUUUGAAAUAGUCUUUAAAGCAUAAUCAGAGAAAAGACGCUUAUUGAUUAUCAACUGCAUUAUACAGUACAUCCUUUGAUAUCAGAAACAUUCUGGUUCAAUAAAAUCAUCAUUAUGGAAAAUGUU